AUCCUGUGCAAGAAGCUACGUAUACUACCAUAACUGAAUUACAGUCACAUACUCCUGGACAUCUGAUGGUCUUCUUAUAAUUGGUAAUUGAGAGAGAUGGCAUCUGCCAAAAAGAGAAGGUGCAUCUGGAAGCAGAGAAACCAACCAUCAAACCUCACCUUUUCAUCUUCGAUUCAUGAGGUGAGUCAGAGUGAUCAGCUGCUUCGGACAGGACAGGCAACAUCUUCAAGUUCUCAUGCAGAAGGGUCUGUGCCUGGUAAUGAAGAGAGACAAAAUAAAACUGGAUUUGGUUCUUCAGACUUGCUUAGCCAAGGAAAAGCUGUGUCUGGUGGUCAUCAGCAGAUGCCGUUGUAUAUUACAGCUACGCCAUUUGCUCAAGCCCGUGCUGCAGAAAUUGAUGCAAUGCUGAAAGCAGUGUCCACCAAGUCUUCCACCUCAAGAAUUUUUCAGACACUGCCAAGACAUAUGCGUAGGCGUGCUAUGUGUCAUAAUAUCAAACGUAUGCCCAGGCGACUUCGAGAAAUUGCUAAGAAAGAGUAUGAAAAAGCCACUGCAAUGAAAAAAGAACAGUCAAAAAGUAAAAGUCGUAAGGCUCGCAGGCGCCAUGGAAAUUUGCUACUGGAAUUUAAUCGCAGACAACGAAAAAACAAAUGGCUAGAAACGCAUAUCUGGCAUGCAAAAAGAUUUCACGUUGUCAAAAAAUGGGGUUACUGUCUUGGUGACAAACCUACAGCAAAAUGCUAUAGAGCAUGUUAUCGAGCCAUGACAAACUACUGCUUACUUCAGGAUCUGUCAUUUUAUUGUUGUCUGGAAUUGAUUGGAAAAGAAGAUGACCUUAUGAGGGCACUUGCUAAAGUCAGCAGUGGAGAUACAGGUCCAACAUUUGCAGCAGCUCCAUGUCUAUCAGGAAAGCGUGAAGGAGCCACGGUUUUGUACAGAAUUGACCAGUAUCCUAAUGGUGCUCUCGGGCCAGUUACCUUUCUUUGGAAGCCAAAAAGUGCUCCUGAAAAUCUUGCUGAGAUUAGACAGCUGUGGAUAUGGACUCACCCAGAACUGAAGGAGGAUGCAUUAAAUGAACUAAAAACAGCCUGCCAAUCCUUGGAACCAAUAGAACCAACUGUUCCCGUUCCUGCAUCUGUGUUUAUUCAGAAGGAUGAAACUGCAGCAUUAUCAGGUGUGGCACAAGUGGGCAAGAAACGGAAGAGAAAUGACAAUGAAGGCCAGGAUGCUGUACCUGUGAAAAAGAUAUAUGGAGAUGGAACACGGGACCCCUGUCAGCCUGUUUCCUGGAAAUCUGUGGAAACAGAUGUUGUUAUCAGUGAUCUUACGUUGGAGAUUGUUAGGUAUCGACUGAUUGGACCCCUUUCAAAUGGUGUUUUGACUGAUACAGUUGCACCUGCUGCUGUUCAUGAUGAGAGUGACUCAGCAGAAAUGGGACCCCACACCUGGUGGCAUGAAUAUUGCAAGGAUUCUAGUAACGUCACAAUCCAUUGUCGUCAGGGUACCACAUUUCAGCUACUACAAGGUAUCGGAUCACCAUCUGAAAUUCCACCAGGUACAGUUCUUGGACUCACAGUAGGAGAUCCUAGAUUGAACAUGCCAAAAAAGAAGACAAAUCCUACACCUGGCACAGUGGAUUAUCAAGACCAUGAGAAAACCAGGGAGCUGAUUCUGCAAGGAGUCUCUGUCGACUGUGCCCAGAGUUUAAUCUGGUGUCCGAAAAUACGUUGCAGUGUCACAGAAAACAAAAUCUCUGAACAGGAAUUAAAUAGAAUGAGAAGUAAGCUGCUGGUUCCUGGCUCUCAACUACAGCUGGGCCCACAUGAAUCAAAAAUUCCCAUUUUGAUGAUUCAGCAGUCAGGAAAACGUACUGGUGACAUGCAGACAGGAUGGGGUAGUGGCUGGGACGUCUUGCUUCCAAAGGGUUGGGGCAUGGCCUUCUGGAUUCCUUUUAUAUACAGAGGAGUUCGAGUUGGAGGAUUGCAGGAGGGGUUGAAGCACUCUCAUUAUAAAGGAACUCCUCAUUUUCCACAUGAUUUCCCAGACUGCCCUGGUGGGCUGCGUUUUGCUAAAGAAGUGGCAAAAGAGAUGACGGACAAGUACAAGAGGCGUCCACCAGCAAAGCGGACUAACUACAUUAAGCAUGGUGCACUUGCUCCAUUCCUUUGUCCAUGGCUUCAGUUAACAGAAGAAUGGGAAAUGACACAUGCAAAUAGUAAAUUAUCUGCUGUUGAGAGUAAGCAACUUGAAGCUGAAUUUGUGUGUUCACCCAAUCAAGCACCGGAACAAGAUAACAAAGCUACCUUUAUAAAGUCACCUUCAGGAAAUGGAACAGACAGUGUGAAUACUGAAAUAUGUAUAGCUGAAACCUCUGCAGCAGAAAAGAAAGUGCAGAUUGCACAUGAUUGCCCCAUGACUGGUGCAAGCAAACCCUUGUGUGUCCUCAGGAGCAGAAAAAUGCUGAAGUGUUUGUCAUCAUGGAUUUGUGCUUCACGUGGAAAGAAACAAGCGACAUGUCGAUUACAGAAACAGAUGCAACAGGAGUGUACACUUCAUGGUAUAGCUUCCCUGGUCACUUCCUUUCCCAGAUCUCUUGUAUGGAUCAGAGUUUCUAUGCUGAAGAAAGGCAGCCCCGAACUCCAUGCCAUGAUUUGUAUCCCAUCUACUGAUGACUUUCAGAAACUUGAUACAGAUCAGGCCUAUUCUGGUCCUCAAGAAUCCAGACAUAGAGACCGCAUCAAAUCAGAAGUGAAGAAGCUAAAAGAAAAAAAGAGAAAGAAAAAGGCCCACAUUGAAGUAGCUCAAAAUAUGGAAGUGGCAACACAAUCUGUAAAGCAAGAUAGUACUGAACUAUUACAGGGGGUGUGGCCUGAGCCUUUACCUAAUCUAACCUCCCACUGUUCCAGAAUGUUGAUAGGGUUUACUACUCAUGGAGACUUCUCAUUGGCUGCAGGCUCUGGGGAUGCUCUGGGAUUUGUCAGUUUGACAGGAUUGCUACAUAUGCUUUAUGAUCAGCCAAAGAAUAAGAAGGGUGUUGUAUUAGUAAGGAAUCCUUCUUCUGUGCAAUAUAGAUUUGCCAAACUUGACAUUGAAAUCUAAUCCAGGUAAAAAAAAAUAUUGUGUUUUACUGGCCUUAUAAAUCAGUCUGCCUUCUAGAAUAAUGUGACAACUUGCUUAAUUGCUACAGAAAGAAUAAAUAUUCAUAUUUGACUGAUCUGCAUUUGAAAUAGCCAUUUGAAGAUUUAAACUUAAGCCGCAUUCUUCAAGACCAUCUAAAAGGCCCACUUAGAAGUAUGUAUUGCUCAGUGUUGUUUCUUGUUACCUGUGGCUGGCUUGCAGCACAAGUAACAUGGGUCUAUGUCCUACAUUUCCUUUCAUACCUCAGAAGCAUGGUGGAUAGUGGUCUCACAGAGUAUCUAUAGGGGCUGUAUGACUUAUCCCUCUUUUUAACCACAGAACACUGUUUUGUCUUACAGUGUUAAGGCAUGUGCCUCUGUGCCAUACUUGAUUCAUCUUUUAUAUGUCUUAUUGGUUUAUCAUAAAAAAGAUGAUUUUUUUGUCAGCUUCCUUUUCUCUUUCUUUGUUCUUUCUUUCUUUCCUCAUUUAAUCAGUAACUGGCACUGACAAAACACUAUUUAUCAUUAGGUUCUACAAGCUGUUGAGUUUUAUUAAAUAUAACUUCUAAAAGCAUCUUCUGUCUCUCACUUUUGUAGUUCAUUAUCUCCUGCGAUGAUCAUUUUCAGAAUAUGCUUAUUUGUUUCUUAUUUAAAGGAAAUUGUAAUAAAUUGUGCCAGACUAAUA